UUGAGUCUAAUAUAAUUGUGGAAAUAUAACAUAUGAAAAUCUGACACGUGUCUACAGACUUCUGAAAAAGAAUGGCGUGUAAUUUUCUGGUCGUGAUCUUUUUUAAUUACGUCUUCCUUGGACACUUGCAUGGAUUGCUACUUACGGAUCCGGCACAUGUAGAACAGAGGCUUAACCAAAUGGAGAACCAGAUUCAGGGACUGUCUCAAGAAGUGAAUACACUGAAACAAGAAAAUGCGGCGCUGAAAACUCAAGUAUCAUCAGGAAACUCAACACUGGUCUAUUUCUCCGCCUACCUCAAAAACUCAGUGAGUCCUUCUUCAAUAAUAGAUGUCGUAUACGAUGGUGUUCGCAGCAACUACCACAACAGCUAUAACCCAGCAACAGGUCGAUUUACCGCCCCCGUAAAAGGCUUUUAUGUUUUUGCAUGGGAAACAGUGACUGGGCCUAACAAAAUAUUUGACACUGAGUUACUGGUAAACGGUGAACGGGUGAUGUUAAACAACUGCAACAACCUAGCCCCCGGUGGAGCUUACGUCUCCUGCUCGGGAACGGCGCCGACUCUCCUAAAACCAGGGGACAUCGUACACGUCCGAACUACUUCCGGAACCUACCUGCACGGGGGCGGAUGGUCAAGUUUCAGUGGAUGGCUCGUACAUACAUUAUAGAUUGUAAUUACUCUAAAUAUCAGUUUUUGGUCUGAUAUGUAUGUGAUAUUUAUAUCAUGUAACUAACGGAUAUCUUAUUAAACGAUGAAAUGGUU